AUGAAUAUGAAGUUGCACAGCCUCGCCGGCGCCAUCUACAAGAGGGCCGUCGAGGAGUCGCCUCGUCAACCGGAGCUCCCUGCGUGGAGCAUUGCAGUCUAUAUCGCCGACUUGCUCGUCUUCCUCCCCCUCAUCCUCUGGGUCUACCCCAUCUUCGCCAUCGUCGAGGACGAGAACCCGCCCGCCUACGACCCCGUCAACCUCGCCGACGAUGAGGGCGCCAUCGCCUCCGCCGGCCCCGAGGUGCGUCCCGAUGGCCCCGUUCCGACGACUAAGGCCGUCACCGGCGGUCGUCCCACCACCGUAACCUCGUCCCUCCGCUCCAUCAACCGCCUCCUGAAGACUCACGGCGGCUGGCGCGCAAACUUCCGCGGCUUCUUCGUCUACUUUGUCCAGUCCAUCGCCACGGGCGCCCUCUUUGGCAUCUUCUCCUCCUUCCUGCCGGACAUCCUCGCCUCCCUCGCGACCCUCCUCGCCGCCCUGUCUCUCGUCCAGCUUAGCACCGCCUGGGUGCACAUCAUCAUCACCCCGCAAAGCUCCCAGCACUUCUGGCAGCGCCUGCCGCCCUUCAAGCGCACCUUUGAUGCCACCGCCCGCCCCGUCGCCGCCUACUGGCUCGCCGAGCAGGUCGCCACCUGGGUCCCCAUCGCCAUCGGCUGGGUUAUCGGCAUGGACUUGCCCAACCUGCAGUUUGGCAAGCCCAACUCCACCGUGCCCCAGCCCCAUGCCUCCGACGCCUGGAAGAGCGUUGUCGUCACCCUCAUCAGCAUCGCCUUCCAGGUCAUCGUUGUCAUUCCCGCCCACGUCGUCCUCGUUCGUGUCCAGGCUUCACUCCUUCCCGAGGAGGCCAACACCAUCAUUCCCUUUGACCGCUCCUUCGAGGGCAAGGUUGAGCCCCGCGUCGUCGGUGGCAAGGGCUACGCCACUAUGGACGAGGCCUGGAGUGGCUUCUCCCGCGCCGCCUGGAAGCGCCUUGUUAUUCUCUACGUCAAGAUUUUUGCCGUCACUUUCGCUGCCUUCUUCCUCAUGGCUGCCAUCAUCGUUCCCGAGGUCAUUCUUAUCGGCACGUUUGCCAAAUAG